CAAAUGAAGAGCAAGUGGGAUAAUCUCAAGGAAGAAUUGAAAAGAUGGAGAACAUUGAUUUAUAGUGAAACAGGACUAGGAUGGGAUGACAAGAAGAAAACCAUUGCUGCGAUCGAUAAAUGGUGGGAAGAUAAAAUUAAGGCUGAUUAUAGGUUUAAGCCUUUUAGGAUGAAAGGCAUACAUCCCGAUUUUGAUAUGUUGUUAGCUAGAAUGUUCGAUAGUACGGUUGCUACCGGAGGAAUCACAUGGAAUCCUGGACAAGGUUUACGUAUUGAGGAGGAUGUUGAUGCCACACAACCUAAUAUCGCUGAUGUUGAUGUAUCUGCUGAUGAGAUUUUGGAGUCCGAAGGUUGUGAAAAUGUUGUUGAACAAAAUGCAACUCAAACCCGUAAAAGAGUGAUGUGGACUUCAACGAGGCAAGCUCGGGGAAAGAAAGAGAAGAGAAUGACGCCACAAUAA